AUGUCCGAUCGCGAAAUAUACAAAGAGGCAAUGGUACACGCAGCUGGAAACGUCGACACCAUUUUCGUAACGGACCUCGUGUCGGACAAGUGGAGAAGUCUCUGUGAUGGCGAUGACGCGGAAGAACGCGUUGCUGAAUUGUUUGCGAAAAUCGAAAGUGGUCAGGGCAUAGCGGACGACGAAGUCAUACAUUUCAAGUUCAAAGAGACGGAUAUUGAGACUUUGAAACAGCGCGCAGAGUCGGCUGCGGAGUAUGGAGAGGAUCAUGAGGAGACAUUGUUGUUGCAGGAUAAUUCUGAUACUUAUUAUACUGUGCUUUUCAAAUGGAAGACUUCUUAG